UCGAGAUCGUUCCGCGAUGUAGAAGCUCGGAUAAGAGUUCCUACGUAUCUAUUCAGCUCCAUUCUGUAUCACACCAGCUACUAGUGGUCGAGGGCCAUGGGAGAGUUAUGGGUGUACUUAUAGGUGAACAAUACAUACCUGGUUUUAUGAUUCAGUGAUGUCUAACGUCAUGAUUAAACAAAAAUCGUCGAACGUCAUGAUUAAACAAAAAUCCAUGGUACCACUUCCGGAAUACUCCAUUUGUGUAAUCAAUGGAUGGUGAAACAUGCUGUGAACCGCUGGUAAAGACCCGAAGGGAGAACGGCAAGAAACGCAUACACAAACUUGUUUUAAGAGAAGGUUCUUUGGUGAUUUGUAAAUUCUUCAAUCCCGAGUAUAUCCACCAACGAUGUCUGACCGUAUAUAUAUAUACUGACAAAGGCAUUCUUUAACCCUUAUAAUCUCUAGUGUAGACGGUUAAAUACAACUAAUGCUCUCACAUCACUAUCUUCUUCGUGUAGACGAUUAAUACUACUAGAGCACUCGCAUCACUAUCUUCUUCGUGUAGACGAUUAAUACUAGUAUAGCUCUCAAAUCACUACCUUAUUGGUGUUUGUGGCGAUCAAAUCAUAGAGCGCCAGCCUGUCCGUGCCAAUCUCACAUAUAUACCAGACUUUAACGAAACCAAAACCAUGGGUUGCAGGCGACACUUGCAGCUGUUUAUAGCUGCUAUACUGUUUAUCAGUUUAGGUGUCAAGGGUGCAGUUGUGAGCGGUAUCAAUCAAACACCUAUUGAUGGAUACUACGGUAACACCUGGAUUAAAGACUUUUGGCAAACGCAUCCAAACAUUUGGUGGCGCUGCCAACAGCCGGGGACGGUGGCUCUCACUUUCGACGACGGGCCCGGGUCGGUAUAUGAGGAGGGUGUGCGAGCGAGAACAGAGAAGAUAUUGGAUGUCCUGAAGCUGUUUGAUAUUCCGGCCACGUUCUUCGUUCAAGGUAAAGUUUUGUCCAAUACUACGGAAAAGCUCGGAUUACUGACACGCAUGGUUGAGGAAGGACACCAAAUCAUUCAUCAUAGAUAUAUAGAUAGAUAUAAAGAUAUAGAGAUAAAGAAAUAUAUAGAGAUAUAUAUAUAGAUAUAUAUAUAGAUAUAGGUAUAUAGAUAUAUUUAGAUACAGAUACAGAUACAGAUAUAUAGAUAUAUAUAUAGAUACAGAUAUAGAUAUAUAUAGGUAUAUAUAGAUAUAUCGAUAUAUAGAUAUAUAAAUAUAUAGACAGAUAGAUAGAUAGAUAGAUAUAGACUGAUAAAUAGAUAGAUAUAGAGACAGACUGAUAGAUAGAUAGAUA